CAAUGUGCAAAAACCAGGUGUUUGUAGUUGUGGGAGGAAGGAGUGGCCAAGAGGGGCUUAUAAAGAGGGUAAAUGAGGCCACUCUGCAUUCCUAUGCCUGUCAAGCUGCCUUAAAUAUCUAAUGGCUUCCAUUAUAACCUGCCUCUUGUACAGCUGGGUUCUCCUACCUUUGCUCACAGCAAGUGAAGUUUCCUCCACAGAAUCCCUCCCUUGCAAAUUCCCCUUCAUUUACAACAAGAAAUCCUACUCUGCAUGUACCAGGGAUGGAGCUGGUGAUAACACAUUGUGGUGUAGCACAACGGAUAACUAUGACAGGGACAGUAAAUGGAAGUCCUGCGCCAUUCAAGAAUAUGGAGGGAACUCCAAUGGCCAGCCCUGUGUAUUCCCCUUUGCUUACAAGAGCCAGACAUUUUAUACCUGCAGCAAUGAGGAUGAUCCACAUGGGAGGUUCUGGUGUGCCACUACAGGGAGCUAUGAUAAGGACAAGAAGUGGAGCUAUUGCGCUGAUACAAGACUGAGUACAAACCCUACAGGGCCAUGUGUGUUUCCUUUCAUCUACAAAGGAAAAUCCUAUACAUCUUGCACAACUGAUGGGGAAUCCGAUGGAAAACUCUGGUGCUCUCUGACCAGAAACUAUGAUGUAGACUCAAAAUGGACAUACUGUGGACCACAGAGAUGAGGGAAAGUUAGUCACACUUUUUGAAUGACGUUGAGAUUCCUCUGCAAACAGCAUUGGGAGGAAAUCAGUCAAGCCCUACAACAUUCGUCCUUCUGGGAUAUGGAGCUCACAUUCUGUGGACCCAAUGAAAUUGAUCAUUUCUUUUGUGACAUAUAUCCAGUGGCAAACCUCUCAUGCAGCAAUACCCACCAAGUAAAACUUGUAACAUU